AUGGCAGUGUUCGCGAAUUUUGCCACCAAUGGUACUGGAAAAUAUGACAAGUUUCCGGGUAUUCAAUUUUCGGUAUGCACUCUGUCGUCGAACUUCAAAAUGAUGAUACGACGUGAGCUGCUCCUUCUCCUGGGCCUCAUCGACGUUUCGAAGGAGAGCAUCGAGUACGUGCUCAACGGUCCUGAAACCGGACGAGCAGUUGUUAUUGUGGUUGGCGGUGCUGAGGAAGCACUCGAUGCGCAUCCUGGUCACCACAAGCUCGUCUUGAAGUCUCGUAAAGGAUUUGUGAGAGAGGCGCUGAAAACAGGAGCACAUCUCGUUCCAGUUUACUCUUUUGGGGAGAAUGAGAUAUUCAAACAGCUCAAUUUUGGCUAUCUUCCAUAUCGAAAGCCCAUCGAUACCGUAGUUGGAGCUCCUAUACCAGUUGAAAAGGUCGCGAAUCCAACACAGGAACAAAUCGACGAACUUCACGAGCUCUAUAUGGAGAAGCUAAACAGUUUGUUCGAAGAACACAAACAGCGAUUUGGAGUGGCACCCGAAACAAAACUCGUCAUUGAAUGA